AUGGCCCAUCACAAGGACCGCUUCAAGUUGCCGGAGCAGUACGCAGACAUCGAGGAGCCCGACUUUUUGGUCGUGGACCUUUUGAGGCUACCUGAUGCCCUGGACAUCGUGGCACUGCGCCGCACCGUGGAGAGGCACGCCUUCGAGGAGAUCGCCGCGGCAGCCAAAGGGGCGGCCCACGUGGUGGCGGCCGCAGCGCGCCAGGCCGCUUUCGCGCGGGCAGAGCAGGGGGACGCAGUGGACGCCUGGGAUGCCGCAUGGGCACGAGCCAGCGCGCCACUGCUGAAACAGUGGAGAGAGGAAGCUAUCGCUGGCAAGCUCAAGGUCGACUACUCGGAGGCCGCGGCCGCGACCUCGCCGGCGGGCAUUGCGCAGCGCCAGCGGGACAUGCAGAUCAAGGCGGCAUUGGCUGCAGCCCAAAGCGCCGCUGACGAGCAAAGGGGAGGGUCCCCAACCUGA